AUGAUGACGGUACCUCGAGAGAUUGUCUUGGAAGCCUACGCGUGCGAGAACGACGAUGGCGACUACGACGAAGACGAUGACGAGUAUGCGGGAGUCGAUGCGGAGAACGACAACAAGAACGUCAACGGUAGUCCCGAGGCGGCAUGGAAACGUUGGGGUUUAAGUCACGUUCGAUUGUACAAUCGCCUGUCGCCCGCUAUGGAAGAUUCGUCGCUAGCUAUGGAAAAUUCGUCGCCAGCUAUGGAAAAUUCGUCGCCAGCUAUGGAAAAUUCGUCGCCAGCUAUGGAAAAUUCGUCGCCACACCAGUCGCUUCCUCUUCCUAAGAGGACGACAAGGACCGAUGUGGAAGCUGCUGUACACGCUGCCAACAGAACUGCCAACGUAUCCGCAAUAUCAAUCAACGGCGGUGUCAUUCUUAAAAUAGACUCGGGCUCGUCCAAAUCACUCCGCUCCCGCCAACGAGAGUGUAAAUUAUCCGGUGGGUGCAAUCAGUGGCUAGGAAUUGCGACGUGGAGUUUAGUAUUGGCCCUCAUUCAGUUCCAGUUCGACAAAGUUGCGGCAGACUCCGGGGUCGAACCGGAAGACUUCUACACCAUCAGUACACUGGCAUUUCGCGAAUCGUUGUGGACGUAUGGUGCCACUGUCAAUAUUUGUCGCAGCAUAGCUUUCAUGCUUCCGACCAAUCUAUACGUGGAUUCCUGGGCUCCCGAAUUCGGUCUCACUGCUGUACUCCUACUGGUGCUCACGGAACGACCCUUUACGUCCUACGUGGUCCUUCUUGUUGCCAUGAUUGCCUUGAACGUUUGUAUUGCCGCUAGUUGCAUUGGUUUUCUCGUCACGUCCGUGUAUGGACCCGGUACGCAACUGGAUCCACCCACAAGCGCCUUUGGUGACACAGGCAUUCCUCCCGAAGAAAUCUCCUCUCUGGAAUCAUCACUGGAACUCUUGUAG